GACUACGCUUAUCUUCCAUCAGUCGACUCCGCCGCCUCAUUUAUGCACUCCAUAUCGUGCCUCGGCGCAUCGGACGGCGCGUCGAUGACAGCUUUCGUCGCCGCCCUCCCGGUGCCCCCGGGAGAUUCCGUCGCCUCGUCGAGCGUCUUCCUCCCACGCUAUGAAAACGGCUCCUCGCGGCUGGCCGUCUCCAAGCCUUCCUGGAUCGUCCGAACGGAGGGCUCUGGUUUUUACAGCGAGGUGAGUAGUGCUAUUCGAUCAGGAGGAUUGUGUAAGGACACUUUCUUGUCAAAUGUUAGGAGAGAGAAAAUGAAGAGACCAGAUCCGCCAUGUGUGGUCUGUGAUGGUAGUGGGAGAAUUGAUUGCCAGUAUUGUCGAGGAAGAGGCAGGACGAACUGCCUGGAUCUGAUCAUGCUCCCUAAAGGAGAAUGGCCUAAAUGGUGCAAAGUCUGUGGUGGAAGCGGACUUGGCCACUGUAACCGCUGCCUCGGAACAGGAGAAUACCGAGAUGUAAUGGGAUUUCAUUUUAUGAAGAAUAAUAGGGAUUCAACAUGAUUAAGCAACCGUAUCUGGUACAAACAUACGUGCUAAGUAGACAAUCCUUCAAGUUUGUCGCAAUGUUGUCAUUCGAUAUAAUUGUCUGGCUAUAUCCGAAGAGGAAGUGGCCAUAAUCCUUCGAUAGAUGGUCAA